UUCGGCUAUUCUGAAGAAGUUCAGAUUGAGGGCUUUGGCAACCGCGGUUCUCGAAAGUAUAAGCACGAGGAACCGAAGUACGACCAGGAGUAUAAGCACGAGGAGCCGAAGUACGACCAGGAGUAUAAGCACGAGGAGCCGAAGUACGAACAGGAGUAUAAGCACGAGGAGCCGAAGUACGAACAGGAGUAUAAGCACGAGGAGCCGAAGUAUGAACAGGAGUAUAAGCACGAGGAGCCGAAGUACGAACAGGAGUAUAAGCACGAGGAACACAAGUACGAGCCGCACGAAUACGAAUACUUACGAUACAAGAGAGGCAUCCCAGAGCCCCAUAAGCAUGAACAUCAGAAUAAGUUGGGAAUCAUGGGCUACCGUGACGCUUAUUUGAAAUAUGGUGGAAAAUUCUACGGAGGUGCAAACGAAUAUCAGCCUGUUGCAGCCAAGAAAUUCGGCUAUUCCCAAGAAGUUCAGAUUGAGGGAUUUGGAAAUCACGGUUCUCGAAAGUAUAAGCACGAGGAGCCAAAGUACGAACGGGAGUAUAAUCACGAGGAGCCAAAGUACGAACCGGAGUAUAAGCACGAGGAGCCAAAGUACGAACCGGAGUAUAAGCACGAGGAGCCAAAGUACGAGCCGCACGAAUACGAAUACUUACGAUACAAGAGAGGCAUCCCAGAACCCCAUAAGCAUGAACAUCAUCAGAAUAAGUUGGGAAUCAUCGGCUACCGUGACGCUUACUUGAAAUAUGGUGGAAAAUUCUACGGAGGUGCAAACGAAUAUCGGCCUAUUGCAGCCAAGAAAUUCGGUUAUUCUGAAGAAGUUCAGAUUGAGGGAUUUGGUAAUCGCCGUUCUCUAAAGCACAAGCACGAGGAGCGAAAGUACGAGCCGGAGUACAAGCACGAGGAGCGAAAGUACGAGCCGGAGUACAAGCACGAGGAGCGAAAGUACGAGCCGGAGUACAAGCACAUGUGA